UGCGCGGGUUUGCUGUUCUUAUGGUUGGCUGUCACUUCACCGCCGCUGCCUCACAAAACCGUCAAUAAAAAGGUUGUCGUCGCUUUACAUCGCUUGGGAAACCGAAAUCAUGUCCAAGCGAGAGGCGUUUUUAGAAGCCGUCUGUAAAGAAAAUGUGGAAGACUUCCUCCGGUUCAUUCAGCGUCAUAAGGACAAGACUGAGCCCUUCGAUGUGGAGGAGGUGGUGCAGGAGAUGGCCAGAGACCAGAGAGAGGCGAUGUGGGGGAGACUGGCGUCGCUGCUUCAGGACAUCCUGCUGGAGUUACCUCCAGAGCGCUGGGAGGAGGGUGGAGACGAAGGCAUGCAGGAGCAGUCAGCACCAGACCCUAAACAUGUCAUGGCUGUUGUGGAUGGUGUGACACUAGUGUCCACAGUAUCUCUAAAGGCUUUGGAAGAUGGAGACGCAUACAGUGCCCUUCUGGAAACUGUCCGCAGGCUUAAUGAUGUUCUGGAGUGUCUUCCUGUAUCAGAAGCACCUCUGCAGCACCACAUCCACGCUCUGUGUGAGGCCUGGUGGAAGAAGGGGCUGCAGGAGAGAGAAAAGUUUGGUCACACUGCUUUCCUUAUGUCUCUGCAGAAGAGCUUCACUUUGAAGAAACCCGGUGCUGAGAUCCAGAGAGUGUGGAGUCUCCAUGAUGUGCUUUUGAGUCUGGACUACACUUCAGAAGACAACAAGCUGAUAAUCAACUUGUUGCUCCAAUGCUUUCAGCAUCCUACUUACAUUAGAAAUGAUGAUGGAAAGCGAUUCCUGGUGUUUCUUUUCAGCUGGAACGUUGACUUCAUCUGGAUUAUUCAUGCCACCAUCAAAAAUCAGCUGCAGUUUUACAGCAAGACAAUAACUACUCAUAUUGGGGAGAUGUACUUCAGAGCUUGGAAGAAGGCUGGUGGAGACUUCCUGGAGAAUAUCGAGAGCUCAUGCAUUCAGGAUUUUAUGCAGAAUGCAAUCUUCCUUCGUAGAGCAUCUCCCGUCCAUGCCAAAGUCCGACAGAUCGUGAGUUAUUUCCACACGAGGGCGGGCUGUAAAAGCGUGGACAAGAUGCUGUAUAAUCUCUACAGACCCAUUCUUUGGAAAGCUCUCAGCGCUCCAAACUUUGAGGUGCGUGCAAAUGCCACGUUGCUUUUUACCGAGGCCUUCCCAAUCCAUGACCCGGACCAAAGCAACGAGAAUACAGAUGAGAACAUUCAAAAACAGCUGGACACAGCGAUGGGCCUCCUUGAUGACCCCCACCCUACUGUGCGCUCCAAUGCCAUCCUGGGUGUCUGUAAGAUCCUGGCUAAGUGCUGGGAGCUCCUCCCUCCCACAAUCAUCACAGACUUCCUGAAGAAGCUGAUGAUGGAGCUGGCGUCCGACAGCAGCUCUGCUGAUGUCCGCUGCUCAGUCUUCAAGUGUCUGACUAUUGUCCUGGACAACUCUCUCAGCCAUCCAGUACUGGAAAAACUCCUGCCUACUCUCAAGUACAGCCUCCAUGACAACUCUGAGAAAGUCCGCACAGCUUUUCUUGACAUGCUUAUCAAGGUCAAAGCAGUUCGUGCUGCCAAGUUCUGGGAUGUCUGCAACAUGGACCACCUGCUGGCCCGCCUGGCUCUCGACUCACCAUCAGUUUCGAAGCGUAUUGUCGACCUGCUCUUCAAGUCCUUCUUCCCUGUCAAUGAGUCGGAGAAGGAGUGGUGCUGCCGCUGCAUCACACUCAUACAGAUGAACCCCAUGGCUGCCAGGAAAUUCUACCAGUAUGCUCACAAGCAUACUGCACCCACUAACAUAAUAAAGCUGAUGUUUGCUAUUCGCCGUGUUCUGAACGGCUGUAUCCAGGUUGACUGUGACCAGACGGACAUUAAUGACAGCAACAAGGAGAACAGCAUGCAGGCUGCACCGGCGUUGCUGGGGAAAGACAUGGCUGUCGCGUCCAGCUUGCUGGAGGUCGUGGUCAUCCUGUGGAGGAGUGUCGAGAAGGCCCUGAAACAAAAUGAUGAGGCCCAGAAGUACACUUACACCAAGUUUGGGAGUGUCAUGGCCAAGUAUUUCCAGGCCUUUGAGGAUGAGCGAUGUACUGUCCCUCUUAUACACCUGGCUUCAUUCAUGCCACCAGCUUCAGUUCCAACAUUCAGCUGUGGAGUCCUGUCUAGACUGAGGAAGAUGGAUUCAGGGGCUUCUUCAGCUCAGUACGGCCAGCUGUUAGACUGCAUCUGCAGCUGGGGUCAGGCUGCUGAUGUCCUCGAACUCAUCACUGACUGGCUCACCGAGUCUCUGCCCAAACAAGCGGACAAGGCAACCGUCAGUCGAAAGGUGCGUAUCCAGGAGACGGUGGAGGUCAAACCAGAGCUGGCGUUGGCUUACAUGGAAUAUCUUUUCAGUCAAGCUUCGACACGGGAGAAAGUCCUGGCUCUGGGGGACAAACCACUGAAGCAGCUUCAUACAGUUCUGGGGAACUGGAAGUCUGUGCUGUAUAGUCAUCUGAGCUCCACCACAGAAGGUCCUCAGUGUCCCAGUGUGGAGACUGCACUGAAGGCCUUUACUUUCCAAGGUCGUCUUGGUGCACAUCUGCAACAUAUCUCGUCAGAAGGCCGAGACUACCUGCUCUCUCUGGAGCACGUGGCGGCGUGGGUAGCUGACAGGGUGCUGCCCUUUCUGGCAAAACAAACCGAAGAUGACAGCGAGGAUUCGGAGAAAUCGCCACCACUGGCCACACAGAUAACUGAGAGCUUCCUGACGGUGUGCAGCGACGUUUUGCUCGUGGGUUUGGGCGACGAGACGUUCAAGGGUCAAAUCCUCCACCUGUGCUCACUCACCCUCCUCUCUGAGGCGGGCUACCUGUGUAUUCCUGCGGUGCUGCCAUUUUUGAAGGAGGUGGCAAACAGCUAUGUGCCUGAGGACAACAACAAGGAUCAGGAGAAUCAGGAGGAUGCAGUCACUGUCAUUUUGGGUGUGGUGGCCAACAUUUUCCAGAAGAUUAUAGAGCUCCUGGCUCGCUGCCUUAGAAAGGAUCCAGAGGAAGGAAAACAGCUGUGUCAGUCAGCCGUUUGUGGUCUGACGGAUUUCCUCCAAGUGGCACAAAUCUGGGACAGAGCUCCUCUCAGUGGGGUCUUUUCCACUGUGUUUGCUGUCAUCAUUGUGGAGAAGAGACAUUCGCUACAGAAGAUUACCCAUCCUGAGGAGGUGAUCACCCCAGAGUCGGUGGAGGACAUGCCUACUUUGUCCUGCAUUCUGCUCUCUGUCAUCCUCAAAUCACCCUCUACUACCAGGUCCUUUUUGGCAGAGGUCAGCUCCUCUUUGGACUCGGAGGCCAUCAACAGUCUCAUUGAACUGGCUGCCGUCCUGCACGUGUUGACGGUCAUCAAACAUGCGGGAAAGUCUAAAGCGGGCUUGAAGAGUGCAGCUGUGUCCGUCCAGCAGCAGCUUCACAGACAUGCAGUCACUUCUUUAGACAGCACAGAUAUCCAGAGGGUUAUUUAUGAAUCAUCUGUGAUGACUUUAAAUGCGAUUCUGCAAAUCUGAGUUUCCUUCUUUGAAAAAAACAAACAGGACACAACAAACACUUCAGCUUCCCUGACCGAGAUCUAAAAACAUAUGGUUUGGAUUAAAACCCAAAGCAGGGCGCUUGUCUGUUGCUGCGUUUUUCCAAACUGGCUCCACGUUUAUUUAUUUCCCGAUGGCACACAUUACUCAAAUCUCGUCUCUCAGACUCUGCACAUUAAUAAUCGUAGCAAAUAUUGAUUGACGACUCCAGACUGCAGAAAUAUGCUUUCUGAAAUGGAGACGUUCUUUUUUUAAAGCUUUCAUUCUCCACAGCUGUCAUUUCUUAAACCUUUUCCUAUAAAAUACAUAUAUUUUUUCAUUCCUCAGUAUUUGUGUUUAUAUAUCUGUUGGGCUAUGAACUCAUAGUUUGUGUUGUGUUACUAAUCAGAAUAAAACAAACUGUAUCAAUCAACCUAAA